GCGAGGAUAUUCUUCACCGAGAACCUGGCAACGAUCCUCCGGAUCACGGAAUGGGGAAAAGAAAAGAAUUGAGCACUGAACGGGUCCGGAAGGGUCCAAAGAGGAAGAAUAUGAAAGUCGCCAAAGCUAGGGCCGUUUUAAAGUUUGAACGGUCUCAUGAAAGAUUCACAUGGAAAGGUGCUCUGUACUCCGAUGGCAAGAGGCUGUUUAAAAUACUGCCCCCUCCACGUGACCGUGAGGGGAUUGAAGUUGAUGGGUCAUGCACAUGGUUCUCCAUGGCAAGUGUGCUGGAGGCAGCAAAUCGUGCUUGUGGCAUCGAGGUUGGUCAGUUAUCAUGGGAGGAUUUGCUGGAGCUAGUUGGAACGCAGGCUCAAUUUCGCAUAAAUUCUUUUCUGCGUGCUCUAAAAUAUAAAGGGAUUAGAACAAGAGCUGAUUUUCUCAAGGGGAAUAUGGAAGCAAAAAGAUAUAAAAUCGCACAAUACACUGAAUUCUGCCACUGGGAACUUAUCAAAGGUGAUGUCAUUAGUGGCCUUGACAAAGAUAACAUCAAAGCUGCUGUAGAUAACGCGCUUAGCAAAUCUGCAAUGAUAUGUUAUUUCCCCAUCAGCGAUAACUAUUUUCUGGACUUCGCGGAGGGGAUGAAUCAUAUUUAUCAAUAUGAUGAGACACAGAAACAGCGCAUGCCUAAUGGUCAGAUAGCUACGCAUACUGCAAUGGUCACAGGUUUUGGAUUUGAAGAAGACAUUCCAUACUUCCAGAUCCAGGACUGCAACGGUAAAAGGUUUGGAAAGAAUGGCUUCUGCAGAAUCCUACCUAGUUCCAUUAUAUCUAUGUUUGCAUUCGAUAUUCUCCAGGAGUGAGGAUCCUGUGUUGCAUCAU